AUGGAUCUAANGCCCCUUUGUUUGGUCACAGCAGCUGGAUUCCCUGUCGGAUACGCGACCGCUGCACCGGCAUACAGUCCCAGUGUUUAUGCAGGAGCAAACCCGGGCUUCCCCAACGGCUAUGCCACUGGCACUGCUUUCAAAAUGUCCUGCUCUCCCAACACGGGGACCGUCCCGCCAUACUCCUCCUCUCCGAACCCGUAUCCCACUGCCGUUUACCCUAUGAGGAGCACCUAUCCCCAACAGAGCCCUUACGCACAGGCGCUAAUACCGUCACAACAGCAAGGCACCUAUUACACGCAGCCGCUGUACGCUGCUCCGCCUCACGUCAUCCAUCACACGACGGUGGUCCAGCCCAACGGGAUGCCUGCGGCCAUGUACGCCCCGCCCAUCCCUCCCUCUCGCCCUAACGGCGUAACCAUGGGGAUGGUAGCGGGCACAACCAUGGCCAUGUCAGCAGGAACUUUGUUGACAAGUCCAUCACCAGCACCCGUUGCCCCCCACCAAGUUACGAUGCCCACGUAUCGGCCCCCCGGCACCCCCAGCUACAGUUAUGUGCCCUCACAGUGGUGAAGAGACUGAAGCGUCGCAAAGGCGUUAGAUAUGCAUUCACACUCUACUCCAGUGUUUUUUGCUCUCGGCAGCGGCCUGCCCUCGCAGCGUCUGCAAACCACUUAGUCUUCUUCCAGCAUAAUGUGAAUCUAAAGCCCAACUAACAUAGAUCAGAGCCUCGUUCCAACAUGGAGGGGGCUUGGAAGGAUAGGCCCAUCUCCAUGUAUCCCUCCCCUUACCCCAUCCCUCUUAUAUCAACAAGGCUGCAUUCCCCCAUCCCCCCCACUUUCCUUCCAGUCCCCGCCAGCAUCAGCACCUCUGCAGCCUGGCCUCAUAUCUCACAUCAAACUGCAAAAAAAAAAAAAAAAAAAACCUCCAGGCGAACCUUUUGUGGACUGUCAUGCAGGUUUUUAUAGCUUAAACUCUGAAGUGGUAAAAAGGGA